GAGAGCUGCUCUCUCUCUGUCUAGAAGGGCAGGAAAAUGGCCAGUAUUUCAGUGGAACAUGACCAGUUCGGCUGUCCAGUCUGUCUGGAUCUGCUGGAGGAUCCAGUGACCAUCAACUGUGGACACAGUUUCUGUAAGGUGUGUAUUAAUGGGUGCUGGGAUCAGGAUGAUCAGAGGGGGGUCUACAGCUGCCCCCAGUGCAGAGAGACCUUCACUCCAAGGCCUGUUUUAAGCAGAAACAACAUGCUGGCUGAAGUGGUGGAGAAACUGAAGGAGACAGAACUCCGAGCUGCUUCUCCUGCUCCCCGUUACGCUGGACCUGGAGAUGUGGAGUGUGAUUUCUGCACUGGGAGAAAACUCCAAGCCAUCAAGUCCUGUCUGACGUGUCUGGCCUCCUUUUGUGAAACUCAUCUUAAACCUCACUGUGAAGUUCCUGCAUUGAAAAAGCACAAGCUGGUCAAAGCCUCCUCACAGCUACAGGAGAAGAUCUGCUCUCAGCACGAUGAAGCAGUGAAGUUCUACUGUCGUACUGACCAAAGCUGCAUCUGCUAUUUAUGUACAAUGGAGGAACACAGAGGUCACGAUACAGUCCCAGCUGUAACUGAGAGAACCGAGAAACAGAAUCAGCUGAAGGAGAUUCAGAGUAAAUUCCAGCAGAGAAUCCAGGAGAAACAGAAGAAGCAGCAGGAGCUGAAACAGACUGUGAAGACUCUUAAGCGCUGUGCUCAGUCAGCAGUGGAGGACAGUGAGAGGAUCUUUACUGAACUGAUCCGCUCCAUUGAGAAAAAGCGCUCUGAGGUAGCAGAGCUGAUCAGAGCUCAGGAGGAGGCUGAACUGAGUGGAGCUGAAGAACUCCUGGAGAAACUGGAGCAGGAGAUCGCUGAUCUAAAGAGGAGACACACUGAGCUGGAGCAGCUUUCACACACAGAGGAUCACAUCCAUUUCCUCCAGAGUUUCCAGUCUCUCUGUGUCUCUUCUGGAUCUGAGGACUCACCCAGCAUCACUGUCCAUCAACACCUCUCAUUUGAUGGAGUGAGGAGAUCUCUCUCUGAGCUGAAAGAGCGACUAGAGGAGUUCUGCAGAGAGGAGUUCAGUAAAAUCCCUCCACAUGGUAAGAGGAGCUGUCCUGCUGUGGAACAGAAGGAUGGAAAUCUUUACUUGAACAGGAAGAGUAAAGCUGCAGCAGUUCAGAUUUUAUCAUCAGAACCAAAAACCAGAGAAGAUUUUCUGCAGUAUUUCUGUCAGCUGACUCUGAAUCCCAACACAGCACAUUGCCACCUCAUUCUGUCUGAGAAGAACAGAGUGGUGACAUCCAGUUUUAAAAAACAGUCAUACUCUAAUCAUCCAGCGAGAUUUGACUACUGGCGUCAGGUGUUGUGUAAGGAGAGUGUGAGUGGACGCUGUUACUGGGAGGUUGAGUGGAGCAGUAAGAGAUAUGUGUACAUAUCAGUGUUACAAAAAGGGCUCAGCAGGAAAGGACGGGGUAUUGGUUGUGGGUUUGGACACAACAGUCAGUCCUGGAGUCUGCUGUGUUCUCCAUCUCUCACUUUCCUGCACAACAACAUUCAGACUGAGAUCUCAGGACCAUCAUCCUCCAGAAUAGGAGUGUAUGUGGAUCACAGUGCAGGAACUCUGUCCUUCUACAGCGUCUCUGACACAAUGACCCUCCUACACACAGUCCACACCACAUUCACUCAGCCGCUCUACGCUGGGUUUGGAGUGGGUGGUGUUGGAUCAUCUGUGAGAUUAUGUGAUAAAUAAUGAUUCAUCUAAUGAAUAUGGUGGAAUAUAUAGAAUGUAACUUCUGCCGCUUUAUAAAUGGGCCAUAUUGUUGUAAUAGGUGGACAGAAAUAUAGAUCAAUAGAUAGUCUUUAUUAAUCCUGGUGGAAAUUGCAGAGUCACAUCACUACACCAUCACAGUUCUAUACAAAUCACAGACCUGUACUAAUCACAUAGCUGUAUAAGGAAGAGCUACAAUUAAGUUAUUAUAAGACAUAACAAGAGAAAUAAAACACAGGAUCAACAAACAAGUGAGUCUCAGAUGAUAUUUACAUGUAAUAUAACUGCAGGUAGUUACAUGUGUGUAUUGAUGAGAUAAUGGGUGGAGAUGAUCUCUAUUAGAGAAAUAUUAAGACAAAAUCACUACUAGAUAAAUAUUAUAAUGCUUACCACUACAUUAAUAUUACGAUAACAGAUUGCGUUCUCAUUUAUGUUCAUGUUAUUUACUUUAGUUUACAUCAGAAUGAGUUACAUCAGUACAGUUCGUAGUGUUGUUUUGCUUACAUA